AUGAGUGCUGCUACUGCCACUGCUGCCCCUGUUCCCCCACCCGUAGGGAUAUCCAAUCUCCCUAACCAACGUUAUAAAAUUGUUAAUGAAGAAGGUGGUACAUUCACCGUGAUGUUAUGUGGUGAAAGUGGAUUAGGUAAGACGACAUUUAUUAACACCUUAUUUCAGACUGUCUUAAAAAGAGCGGAUGGCCAACAACACCGUCAAGAACCUAUCAGAAAAACUGUAGAAAUCGACAUUACGAGGGCUUUGCUGGAAGAGAAACAUUUCGAGUUACGCGUUAAUGUCAUUGACACCCCAGGUUUUGGGGACAACGUGAAUAAUAACAAAGCUUGGCAACCAUUGGUGGAUUUUAUUGAUGAUCAACACGAUUCUUAUAUGCGUCAAGAGCAACAACCAUAUCGUACUAAGAAAUUUGACCUAAGAGUUCAUGCCGUUCUCUACUUCAUUAGACCCACUGGACACGGUUUGAAGCCAAUUGAUAUUGAGACUAUGAAGAGACUGUCUACCAGAGCCAAUCUGAUUCCAGUUAUUGCUAAAGCUGAUACAUUGACUGCCCAAGAAUUACAACAAUUUAAAUCCAGGAUCAGACAGGUAAUAGAAGCUCAAGAAAUCCGUAUUUUUACACCUCCAUUAGACGCUGAUUCUAAGGAAGAUGCCAAAAGUGGCAGUAAUCCAGAUUCUGCUGCCAUCGAACACGCAAGGCAGUUGAUAGAGGCAAUGCCAUUUGCCAUAGUGGGAUCUGAAAAAAAAUUUGACAAUGGGCAAGGCACUCAGGUGGUUGCCAGAAAGUACCCAUGGGGGCUUGUGGAAAUUGAAAACGAUUCCCACUGUGAUUUUCGUAAGCUCAGAGCCCUGUUACUAAGGACUUAUCUAUUAGAUUUGAUUUCAACUACCCAAGAAAUGCAUUACGAAACGUACAGAAGAUUAAGACUUGAAGGUCAUGAAAACACUGGAGACGGGAAUGAAGAUUUCACCCUUCCAGCAAUUGCACCAGCAAGAAAAUUAUCGCACAAUCCUAGAUAUAAGGAAGAGGAAAAUGCGUUGAAGAAGUAUUUUACUGACCAAGUCAAAGCUGAGGAGCAAAGGUUUAGACAAUGGGAGCAAAAUAUUGUUAAUGAAAGAAUCAGACUGAACGGUGACUUGGAAGAAAUUCAAGGCAAGGUAAAAAAACUAGAAGAGCAGGUCAAAAGUUUACAAGUGAAAAAGUCCCAUUUAAAAUGA